UUAAGACAUGAACAGCAUAAUAUAUAUACUUAGCCAUUCAAACAGAGAGAGCAAGCUUUUCUAUUCUCUUUUGUCUAUUACACGAGAGAGAAUUAUUGUAGGGCUGUGUGUGUUGGGAGACUGAACAAUGGUGAGGGGAUCUGUGAUUGUAAGAAGGUGCUCGCAGUGUAGGCUCAGCGGCCACAACUUUACGACGUGUAGUAAGAAAAACAAUAACAAUAUUACUACUACUAUUGCCUUUGGCAAUAAUAACAGUAACAAUACUAGUACUGCCAUCAGCAAUUAUAACAAUAACAAUGCUGGUCUUAUCAAAAUUUUCGGUGUGUAUUUCAAAGAAAACGUAGAUGAUCAUGAUUUGAACGCGAGUGUUAGCAUGGAAAAUCGGGGUUCCAAAAAAAGCGUUGAGCACGAAGUUCAUAUUGAUGCUGAGAGAAAGAAGGGAAGGCGAUGGACUAAAGAGGAGCACAAACUAUUUCUUAUUGGUUUGGAGAAGCUUGGAAGAGGUGAUUGGAAAGGAAUUUCACGCGAUUUUGUGACUACUAGGUCCCCAGCCCAAGUUGCUAGUCAUGCUCAGAAACAUUAUAUGCGACAAGCUGCAAUUGAUGAUAAGAAGAAAAAUAGGCCAAGUGUGUUUGACCUAUCUCUAAAUGAAGAUGAACUAGCUCCAAAGGAUUCAUUAGUUUCACAUACAGAGAAAAGUGGUAUUGAAAAGGCAUUAAAGGCUAGUAACUCCCAAGCUUUGGCAUUGGUGAACAAUAAUGAGAACCCACUAGAGGCUACUACAGCAUAUCAACAUAAUGUGAAUCGAUCCCCACAUGUUGCCUUGGAUAUUCCACCAAUUGCUCAAAUGCCACCCCUAGUAUUUGGUGCUCCAAAUUAUUGUAGAAGUCCUUCCACGGUGAAUUCCGCCAGUCAAAGUUAUUCGUCUUGGUUGCCUGGAACAUUGCAGAAUUCGGUAUUCCAUCACCACAGGCAUUCCUCGCACAUAAUCGUUCUCGAUUAGGUCUUACUAGGCCUUCAAUGAGUGCAAAAAGCAUACAAUUGGACUACCUCAACCUACAACAAAGUUAUCCUCUCAGACAUCUGCAACCAUUAGAGUGACAUGAAAAUUUUGAUGCGGUGAAACUUUUUUUUUUUGGGGUGCAUUUUGAUUUAUCAAAUGAUGGCUAUAAUUCUUUUCUUUUUAUUUUCUUUUUUUCAAUUUUUUUUCGGAGAUAUGAUAGAAAUCUUAUUUAAGAAAUCAAAUAAGCAUAUAGCUGUACUGAGUAUUGACCACAUCUCU